ACAAUAAUAGCUGUAUUACUUCGUACAACACCCAAGAACAACGAAAGACUUGUGAUUGAAUACCUGCCUAUCCUUUCCUCUACCAUAUAUCAAGGUUCACAACCCCAUAAAGAACUCUUUGCAUUCAAUCUUGCAACUGCUUUCCAAAAAUCAUAUCGUUCACAUAACCUUAUGAUUAUUAUGUCAUUCUCCAAUAUCUAGACUGACAUUCCACAAUCAAAUCUGCUCAACUUCCCAUUUCACACUUAAUAAUCAAACUGUCUUAAUCCUCAAAUUCAGAUUUUUCAAGCAGUCAAGCCAAUUUAUCUCUUAAUUUCAGAUCCAAUAAGCAAAUCUGCCCAAUGUUGCAAAUGAUCCAUUCCGAAAAUGAUGAGCGCCGAACGCGAGUCUCGGGAACCUCACAGCCAUUCACGGCUGCGGCUCAUGCUUCCGAUGGUAGACGACAUCUCCUUCUGGCAGCUAGUGGGUCUGUCGCAACCAUCAAAAUUCCCAAUAUCCUAGCUGCUUUGUCGCCUUAUAUCGGUCUUUCCAUAUGUGUAAUCCUCACCAAAUCUGCCACCAAUUUCCUUCAAGGUCAAAGCAUUGAACAACCACACAUCGAUACUUUCUAUCGAUAUCCCAAUGUACAAGGAGUAUUUCUGGACGAGGAAGAAUGGGUUCAUCCUUGGAAACGAGGCCAGAGUAUUUUGCAUAUUGAGUUGAGAAGAUGGGCGCACAUUCUUGUUAUUGCGCCAUUGAGUGCCAAUACCAUGGCGAAGAUUACAGGUGGAUUUUGUGAUAAUUUGCUUACUAGUGUGGUGAGAGCUUGGGACACUACGGGGGAAUUGGAUCCUCCUGCCGACGAGGAGGAGCGUGUUUUCUGGGAUCAGAAGAGGAUUAUCGUGGCCCCAGCGAUGAACACUGCCAUGUGGAGACAUCCCAUCACGAAGAGCCAAAUUAAGAUAUUGGAGAAGGAAUGGGGUAUUGGUCCUGAUGGAGAUGAUGGUGAAGAUUAUGAUUAUGAUGGAUGGUUUGAGGUUUUAAGGCCUCAGGAAAAGGAAUUGGCUUGUGGGGAUAUUGGAGAUGGAGCUAUGAUAGAUUGGAAGGAGGUUGUGGAGGUAAUUGUGAAGAGGUUCUAUUUGGAGCUCCCUUGAGAAACGAGGGGCUGGCGAAUUUCUGGCAAGGAUUUUGAAACCAUCAUUCGAUUUUACAUGAAUGGCAGAUAUCUUGAGAACCGUUAUGGUAUUCAUGAGCGGUUUUGGCGUAAGAUUGGCGCAGGAAAUGCAAUUCAUCUGAUUCACCAGGUAUUUUCUGGAUUUUGGCUGCCGCGGGUAGGCCUUGGGACGUUCAGCUUAAUGAUGUAGCUUGUAUUUAAUAUCUAUAUUCAAAGUGCUGAGUAUCUAG